AUGGAUAUAGAUAACACAAUUUCAAGUAAGUAUGAAGUUGACCUUCAAGCAAGUCAAAGUCAAAGUUGUGCUGAAGAAAGAGAAAAAAGAAAGUAUGUUCUUCAACAAAAGAGAAACAACAGAGGUUGUCAUCCUGCAUCAACAUCUGAUUCUGUUGAAAGGAUUCCAUUUUCAAAUAAUUCAAGUGUUUCAACCAACAAUGUUGAAAGAAGGAAUGUGUAUCAUUUUCCUACUUAUGCUACUCCAAAUAUUAGUAGUAAUUUGUUUCACUCAUCUACACAAGUAAAAGAUAACACAAUUUCAAGUAAGUAUGAAGUUGACCUUCAAGCAAUUCAACGUCAAAUGUGUGCUGAAGAAAGAGAAAAAAGGAAGUAUGUUCUUCAACAAAAGAGAAACAACAGAGGUUGUCAUCCUGCAUCAACAUCUGAUUCUGUUAAAAGGAUUCCAUUUUCAAAUACUUCAAGUGCUUCAACCAACAAUGUCGAAAGAAGGAAUGUGUAUCACCUUCCUACUUAUGCUAUUCCAGAUAUUAGUAGUAAUGUGUGUCACUCAUCUACAAAUGAAAAAGAUUCAUCAAGAAAAAUCUCAUCAAGGAAUGUCCAUCACACUCCUUUUGAUAGUACAACCAUAGAGGGUCUUAAAGAUAUGUUGGAUUCUUGCAAUCCUCUUGUCCAGUCCUUCAGAAUGCAUCAGAAAAUUGCUGCGUUAAUAAAUGGUGAUUUUGAUGGAGCAUUUGAUAAACGGGACAUUGUUUAUAGAAAGAAGUCUGGUGGUCAUCAAAGAAUUAGUGAGCUUCAUCCCUCUUACCUUGCUUUGCAAUAUCCACUUAUUUUCCCAUAUGCAGAAGAUGGUUACAGAGUUGGUAUUAAACAUAGAGAGAUUGCGAUUGAUAAUGAGUUUUUGGUUGAUGGAUACACAAUGAUAGAAUCUGCCAGGUUAAAUUAUAUAAGGACACAACAACCUAAACUUAGAUCGCAAAGUCUUAAGAACUUGAACGUUACUGUUGAAAGUGGAGAGAAUAAUGCCUCAAGUUGUGGUAAACCUAUACUUUUACCUUCAUCAUUUACUGGUGGUUCUAGAUAUAUGAUGCAAAAGUACUUGGAUGCUAUGGCAAUUUGCAAGUCUGUUGGAUAUCCCGAUUUAUUCAUAACGGUGACUUGUAAUCCAAACUGGCCUGAGAUUUACAGGUGUUUGCACAAUAAAGCUCUUAAUGCUGAAGACAGACCGGAUAUUAUCUCUAGAUUAUUCAAGUCUCACUGUUCCAAAAUUUCUGUUAUGUAUACAGUGGAAUUUCAGAAGCGUGGACUCCCACAUGUUCACAUAUGUUUGUUCUUGGGUGCUGAAAGCAAAUUUCCAACUGCAUCUGAUAUUGAUUGUGUUAUUAGUGCUGAGAUACCAGAUAAAGAAAGAGAUCCUGAAUUAUAUAUGCUUGUCAAGCAAUUUAUGAUUCAUGGACCAUGUGGUACAGACAACCCACUUUGUCCAUGUAUGGUUCAGCAAAAAUGUUCUAAAAAGUUUCCCAAAAAAUAUGUAGAUGAGACUUGUGUUGAUUCUGAAGGGUAUCCUGUCUAUCGUCAUUGUCAAACAAGUAAUACAGUAGUAAAGAAUGGUGUGACACUUGAUAAUAGAUUUGUAGUUCCUUACAAUGCUCUCCUGCUCAGAAAGUAUCAGGGCCACGUUAAUGUUGAAUGGUGCAACCAGUCAGGUUCUAUCAAAUAUUUGUUUAAAUAUAUUAAUAAGGGGCCUGAUAGAGUCACUGCUUCUGUUUUUCAUGCCAAUAGCACCAAGAAUGAUACGGAACAAAAUGUAGCUGUAGAUGAGAUAAAAGCAUACCUUGAUUGUAGAUAUAUCUUUGCUUGUGAAGCUGCUUGGAGAAUAUUCAUGUAUGAUAUACAUUAUAGAUAUCCAGCUGUUGAAGUAUUACCUUUUCAUUGUGAAGAUGGUCAGAGUAUUAUGUAUAACGAUGAUGAUAAUUUUUGUGAUAUUGUUACUGACCCAGUUGUGAAAAUGACAAUGUUUACAGAGUGGAUGAAUUGUAAUAAAGUAGAUGAAUUUUCCAGGACAUUGAGGUAUGUUCAGUUUCCGGGAUAUUAUGUAUGGAAUGCUAAAAAUCGCAAAUGGAAUCGAAGAAAGCAUCCGUAUGGAUCAAUUGGGAGGAUACAUUAUGUCCCAUCAUCACUUGGUGAUUGUUAUUACCUAAGGAUUUUACUGAAUCAUAUUAAGGGACCAACCUAUUUUGAAGAUAUUAAAACAGUUGAUGGGCUGGUUUUUCAAACAUUUAAAGAUGCAUGUUUUGCACGGGGGCUGUUGGAUGAUGAUAAAGAAUAUGUUAAUGCUGUCAAAGAAGCUAGCACAUGGUCAACCGGAGAUUUCUUGAGGACCUUUUUUGUAAUGUUGUUACUGUCAAAUUCGAUAUCUCGUCCUGGUGUUUUUUGGUCGGAAACGAAGUCCCUGUUAUGUGAAGACAUUCUGUAUCAGCAACGAAAGAUAACUGAUUUGGAUCUUCAACAAGAAGAACUUGAAAAUAUCUGUCUAUCUGAAAUUGAAAAGUUGCUACUUACCAAUGGAAGUACAGUGAGAAAUUUUGAUGAUAUGCCAAGUAUUCCGGACAAUUAUGUUUCAUCGUUGAACAAUCGAUUGAUAAUGAAAGAAUUAUCGUAUGACAGACUAGCUCUUUAA